AUGGCUGACAGCAAUGUGUUCCGCGCUACCACGACUGCUCCAGUAAACAUUGCGGUCAUCAAAUACUGGGGAAAACGCGAUGCGACACUGAACCUACCUACAAACUCUUCCCUCUCCGUCACCCUCUCUCAACGCUCCCUUCGCACCGUAACCACCGCAUCAUGCUCGCCCAACUACCCCGCCGCUGAGGGUGAUACCCUCACCCUGAACGGCAAGCCCGAAAACAUUAAUGCUUCCAAACGAACUCGAGCCUGUCUCUCGAGCCUGCGUGCGCUGCGCAAGGAACUCGAGGACGCCGACUCAUCCCUCCCUAAACUUUCCUCAUACCCACUCCGUGUCGUCUCAGAGAACAAUUUCCCCACGGCCGCUGGCCUCGCAAGUUCCGCUGCCGGAUUUGCAGCUCUUGUGCGCGCCAUUGCAGACCUUUACGAACUGCCACAAUCACCUACAGACCUUAGUAAGAUCGCCAGACAAGGUUCGGGCUCUGCCUGCCGUUCCUUGCAAGGAGGAUAUGUCGCCUGGCGAGCGGGCACAAAGGAAGAUGGAAGCGACAGCGUCGCCGAAGAAAUCGCGCCUGCAUCCCACUGGCCCGAGAUGCGAGCACUCAUCUUGGUUGUCAGCGCCGAGAAGAAGGAUGUCCCCAGUACAACCGGUAUGCAGACCACCGUGCACACCUCGCCGCUCUUCGCAACUCGCGCAGAACACAUUGUGCCCAAGCGUAUGAUUGGUAUGGAAGAAGCCAUUACCAAGCGCGACUUUGCUGCUUUUGCGGAUCUGACUAUGCGUGAUUCGAACAAUUUCCAUGCUUGUUGUUUGGAUUCCGAGCCUCCAAUUUUCUACUUGAAUGAUGUGUCGCGCGCUGCGAUUCGGUUGGUGAAUGAUAUCAACCGCGUAGCUGGUAAGGUCGUCGCUGCUUAUACUUUUGAUGCCGGCCCAAAUGCGGUUAUUUACUACCUUGAUGAAGCCUCUGAACUCGUCGGAGGUACAUUCAAGGCUAUUUUGGGUGGAGAGUUGGAAGGAUGGGAGGGUCCAUUCGGUGAUAGACUCAAGAGCGUUUCCGCCGGUGUUGAUCUGACCAGCUUGGAUUCAAAGGCUAUUGAGGUCUUGAAGACUGGUAUUAGUCGUGUUAUUCUUACUGGUGUGGGUGAGGGUCCUGAGAAGAUUGAUACCCAUCUUGUCAGUGAGAAGGGUGAUAUUCUGAGUCUUUAG